AUGAAUUAUAAGCAAUAAUACCAAGGAGAAUAGUUCUUAUCUCCAUUAAGAAUUUCUUUUAAACCAGAUUUGAAUUCUGAAACAAAGAAUUUCAAAGAAUGGCUUUCUCCAUCCAUUUUUCUAAAUAAUGAAAUACAAUCAGAAACAAAUUAAGUUUUUGGAGAUCAAUGCCAUUAUACUCAGUUGACUCAUGCAAACUAAAGUUCAGCUUCAAAGUCCAUAUAAAAAGAUAGAUUUAAUGAAUAAUAAGAAUUUGAUAAUUUGCAGAGUAUUUCCUCUUAAUAUUUCAAAUCACCAUAAAGGUUUUUGAGAAUAGAAUAAUCAUUUGAAAAUGUGACUUCUUUUAAUUCUAGAUUAAAAGAUGUCAAAAAUAUCGGAAAUUAUGAUACAAAAAAGAAAUUAUAUUUAAGCCCCUCAGAAGAAUUGUUUUUAAAGGAACAAUUUAUUGGAGAUUAUCAAUCAAGCAUUAAUUAAUAGUAAAACACAAAUGAAGAAUGUCUAAUUCCAAUUGAUGACAUUGGAUAACAAUAUGAAUCAAUUAAAUAGAAUAAUAAAUCACUAAGUAUGGAUAGAAAUGAAGAAUUGAAAAAUAUUGGCUUAAUUUCAAACAAUAAUAAUAAAGCAAAAAAAUCAACAAAUCAUUAGAAAAUAUCAUAGGAUUUUGAAAUAUUUAAAAAGGAUUUAAGAGAUACUCUUGGGUUAAAGUGA